GAUUAUAUAAUAGAAUUGGAUAAUAUUCAAAAAACCUACUUGUUAGGUAUUGAAGGUGUUCCUGCCUUGAGAGGAGUUAAUUUAAAAGUGAAAAGAGGAGAAUUUCUUGUUAUUUACGGAACUUCAGGAGGUAGUGGUAAAACCUCCAUGUUGAAUAUUAUUGGAACUAUUGAUAAACCAACAAAGGGUCACUUGACAAUUUGUGGAGAACGUGUUACUUCAAAUACAAAGGAUGAAACAUUGGCCAAUAUUAGAUUGGCUAGAAUGGGAUUUGUAUUUCAAACUUUUAACUUAUUAUCAACAAUGUCUGCUUUGGAAAAUGUGGAAAUGCCAAUGAUUUUACAAGGAAAUGUGAGUAAAUCAACAAGAAGAGAAAGAGCUAAAAAGUUGUUAGAAAAAGUUGGAAUGGGACAUCGUUUCGAUCACUCUCCUAAUCAAUUGUCAGGAGGUGAACAACAGCGUGUCACAAUUGCCAGAGCCAUUUCUAAUCACCCAGAAAUUUUACUUUUAGAUGAACCAACUGGUGACUUGGAUACAAAAAAUACCCUUAAUGUUAUGGAUCUACUCAUCAAACUCAAUCAGGAAGAUGGAAUUACAAUGGUCAUGGUUACUCACGACCCUAACUUGAAAAAUGCAGCUGACAGAGUUGUCUACAUGAGAGAUGGUAAAAUUCAUCGUAUCGAAGAAUUGGAUCCAGAAGUGAAA